AUGUGGAAAGCAGAAGGACUUUCCCGCGUGCCGCACAACCGUCGUCUCCACUGCCCCUCUUCUCCUCAACAGCCCGCCGCUGCCGCGGCGGCGGACCCCUCGAUACCAGGCGCCUCCACUACCACGUCAGGAGGAAGCGGCGCGCCAGGAAAGACUACGCUGCUGCUGUUGAACAACAUCGGUGCGGCAGGUGGUCGUCGUGGACAGUUGUCGAGCUUCUCUGAGGCAUCCCUGCUUGCAAAUCCUACCACUGCUGCAGCAGGCGCGUCGUCCAACUCGUCUACGCAGCUGAUGUCACAGGCGGUACCCCCUAGGCUGCGCAUCAGCUCGUCGUUGCGCGCAUCACCAAACGGUACGCUGCACCAUCAUCAUGACGUGGAUCGCCAACCCUGUAGCAACAGCAGCAGCGGUGGUCGACGGAUGACUGGGGGAGGAGGCUCGGUCGGCGGAGGAGGAAGCCGCAGCAACUCGAAAGUGUACGAGCUGCUCAUCCAGCGGGUACUGGCGAUGGACACAGCGAGUGACGUAUGGAGUCUUGGCAUUCUGCUCUACGGCAUGUGUGCCGACGCCGUGGAUGGGCACCAGCAGCAGCAGCAACAGGAAACCUCCACUCCCACAAGGAUGUCCAAGCCGAGCCAGCUGCAUUCGACUGCAGUCAAUGGCUCUCGUAGCCACGCGCACGAGGCUUCUACUACUGAUACGCUGCCUCCAGCCAUUCUGACCUGCACAGGUGCGUCACGGCUGGCCCAGCAGGCAUUCUCGGCACUCCUUGGCGACCUCUACGAGCUUUCGGUAGCCGAAGUGCCGAGCGGCUACCGCGGCAACAAGGGGUGCCCCUGCAAUGCUAGUGCUGGUCUGCAGUCGGUAGGCGUCGAUGUGGGCAAUGGUGCGGGGGUGGACCAGCUGGACGACAAUGCCGAUGACCGCCUCCGCUGGCCUCGCUCGUGUGCGCUGGAAGAUGAGGUCAUGAAGGCCAUCUGCGAAGCCGGCUACACACACGCGUUCGCGGUCAUUCUAGCGAGCAUGCUGUCACCGGUAGCGGCACGCCGUCCAAGCGCCGGCGACAUUGUGAGCCAGCUGCGUCUCGUGACCGCAGCCGCCCCUGCCAGCGCUGUGUCCAGCACCAUGCGCGAUGGUGGUGGCGGCGUUGCAGGUGAGACUUGCGAGUACCGCGUCGCGCAGCAACGCGCGCGCCUGCGCGCCCACCACAGCGGUGCAAGCGAUAUCACGUCGGCCGCUGUACUACACGAGUGCACAGCCCGCAUGGCUUUGCGAUCGACGAUGAUCGCAGACACACAACGCAGCGACAUAAAUGUGUAA